UCUCGGGUAUUUAUACGAUGUCAAGAAACUCUCUUUUCCAUUCGGGAAAUUGGAACUCAAUGCAGGACAAUCAGUAUUGAAUACACAGUGUUGAAGGCGUUACAUCAGUUACAAAUAGGUCUACAUGCCACAGAGAAAAUAAAACUUGAGGUGACUGGCUGAAAUUUAUAACAUCCAGGAUGCUGGAUAUACCAUUCCUCCAGCUGUGGGUAACCAUAGCAACUAUUCUGACUACUGUCUAUGUGUACUUCAGAGUGUCAUUCUUGUAUUGGAAAAAACGUGGUGUCCCAACUUUGAAUCCCACAGCUCCAUUCGGAGAUUUCGGUAAAGCCAUAUUGACAAAAAAGAGCUUUCAACAAGUAAUCAAUGAAUUUUACAACGAUUUUGAUGGACAGAGAUUUGGAGGGGUAUAUUCUUUUAGUAGUCCUGCACUCCUUAUUCGUGACCCCGAAAUUAUCAAAGCUGUCCUUGUGAAAGAUUUCAAUAAGUUUCACAGUCAUGGAAUUAUAACAAACGAAGAGGUGGAACCAUUACAAGGUAAUUUGUUUGCCUUGUCUGGAUCAAAAUGGAGGAAUCUGAGAGUUAAACUGAGCCCAACAUUCACGUCUGGGAAGAUGAAGAUGAUGUUUGGAACAAUGGUGGAUUGUGGAAAAGAACUCCAGACGUUUCUUCAGGAACCAGCCAAUAACAAGGAAACAAUAGAGGUAAAGGAUAUCUUAGCAAGAUUCAGUACAGACAUCAUAGCCUCUUGUGCUUUUGGAAUUCAGUGCAACUGUUUGAAAAAUCCCGAUGCUGAGUUCCGUAUCUGGGGAAGAAAAAUUUUUGAACCAACUUUUUCAGGAAAAAUAUUGCGAACUAUAACGUUUUUGCUGCCGUCAUCUAGUCGUUUCUUUAGAUCGUCUUUUCUUUCGAAAGGCGUCACUGAUUAUUUCAUGAAGAUGGUGAAGGAAACCGUGGAGUACCGCGAAAAGAAUGACGUGAAGCGAAAUGAUUUUAUGCAGUUGAUGAUACAACUGAAAAACAAAACACUGGGAGUAGCUGAAGAAGACAACAUAAAGCUGGGAAACCUGGACGCAGAUGAAACUGAGAACAACGCCCCAUUUGAGAUAACAGUUAAUGUAAUAGCGGCCCAAGCGUUUGUGUUCUUUCUCGCCGGCUUCGAGACGUCAUCAACCACAAUGACUUUCUGCCUGUACGAACUGGCGCUGAAUCCAGAUAUCCAGGAGCGACUCCGGGCUGAAAUCGAUACAGUGGUGGAGAAACAUGACGGAAACAUCACCUACGAAUCCAUUUUCGAGAUGGAGUAUCUGGACAAAGUGGUGGAUGAAACGUUACGUAAAUAUCCGCCCGCCACGACUAUACGUAGAGAAUGCACAAAGUCAGUCAAACUGCACGGAACUGAUGUGCUGGUGGAGAAAGGAACAAAACUUCUGUUUCCCAUUAUGGCAAUACAUCACGACCCAAAGUAUUACCCUGACCCAGAAAGGUUCGAUCCAGAACGUUUCAGCGAAGUUGAGAAGAAGAAGAGACCACACUUUACCUACCUUCCUUUUGGAGAGGGACCUAGAAUCUGCAUAGGAAUGAGGUUUGGGCUGAUGCAGACAAAGGUGGGCAUCGUCAGCUUCCUGUCAAAGUACGAGGUUCGAGUGUCUCAGAAGACUCCAAUACCCCUCGAGUUUGACCACAGGUCUCUAGUGUUGGCGCCGCUGGGUGGAAUGUGGCUGGACGUUGUGAAGAGGAAUGACGCGUGAUAUCUGCCAGUUCUGAGACCGCGUAAGAAGAGUCAGUAUUGGAAUUAAGUAAAAUGCUAGAGAAACAUUCCAUUCUCCUGUGAUUAUAGCACAAAAUUUCUACUACCAACCAAUAUCGCUUAAAUGAGAGCUGUGACGUUUCAGAGACGACAAUGAUGAUUAAGAUACUGCUGCUGCUGAUGACGAUAAACAGUUUUAUUUUUCAGAAACAAAAUUAGUAUUCGUUAUAUAUUACGCUAUUUCUCUUAAAUUAAUAUAUCUAAGAUGGGGAAACCAGGAAUGCUGAGAGAUUUUGGUGGCAAAUUCUCUUGGAAAACAGGCACUUGGUUUGUUUUAUUUAAGACCCAUUUUCAAAUACAUUUACCUAAUUUAGAUCGCUGAAUAUGAGGGAAAUUAUUGUGAAGGAUGAGCUCAAUAAGUCUUGAAGAAAACGGUUAUGGAAGUAUUAAGAUAUAAUUACUUCUAGCAUUUCCUGGGUGGAAGUAAGUACAGGGCUAUUCAAAAAGAUUGUCGGGGUUUUAAAAAAUCACUACACGUAGUACAAUUGAGGUAGGAAUACCAAUCUUGUUUUAUUUUGUAGCAAAACUCUCAAAGUUUUUUUGUACAUGCAUUAUAAAUGCUCAAUAUGUGCGCCUUCUGUCAAUCUGCAGACAUCUACACGAUAGUCCAUUUCUUUUCACACACGCCCCAGCGUGUCAGCGGUGAUGUUUAGAAUGGCGGCUCUGAUACGUACCUUCAGAUCCAGAAUAGUCGCAGGUAGAAGGAGGACAAAGACUUGAUCCUUCUCAAAUUUCGUGUGGAAGUGCCGCUGGACAAUGGUAACGGACCGACUUUGCUGAUAUUCGAGAGUACAAAAAGCCUUCUUCUUACCGUCAGCCGCCAUAUUGCAAAAGCUGACACUUGGCGGCCAAACGCGUAAAUACUGGAUGGCGGGCGGUACAGAACAAAACUUUGAGAGUUUCUCUAUCCACCAGUGUAAUGAUAAUAGUCGUAUGUUUAAUGCAUUGCCCCACAAAAAUUCACAAAACCCCGACAGUCUUUUUGAAUAGCCCUGUAUAACCACGAGAACGCACAUUCGCUUUAUAGUUUCUCUGGUAGGUUUUGGAACGUGGUACCUCCUGAAUACGAAAUGGGUCUAACAAAUACAUGAUCGAGAAACUCAACAAGUAUCUGAUAGACGUUUCGGAGGUUCCUAUUGCCUCCAUCACCAUGGAGAUUAGUCGUAGACAUUGACCAACUUUCAAAACGUGCUCACUGCAUCCAUCGGCGGGUCAUAAUGAGGCAGGAAGCAAUUCUUAAACGUCGGUCAAUUGAGAUUAGUCUACAUGGCAUGAUAUCACAAAAGACUAUAAUUUUCAUACUAAAUUAAUUUGUACUGUUGAAUGGAAAAAUGACUGUAAAUCAUGAAUUGAAAACCACGUAGAGAAAUUGUAGUGUAUUUUAAGGUAUCAUCUCAAAACGCGUAAAAUUCAUUCAGGAUAAACAACCUGAGGUUGGUCGUCCAGUCUUCAUUUUAUUGAGCGAUCACUCGGUUCCACGAAGGUUGCAAUGUUCAUUAUUCUGUUCAUUUUUAACAGAAAUGAACGGACCCUUAAACAUGUAUCUGUUGAGAUGGACAAACAUGCUUAUUCAGCUCUAUUUCGCCACCAACUAAUAGUCGUAAAUUUAAUGCGAAAGCUGUAACUGUUCUCAGCAGUAAAUGUUUUUGUUACGAAUGUAGCAGUAAAGCGGUGAUAAAGCGUCCACGUGCGACCCCUGAAAGUUGCCAACUAUAACGCCAAUAUGAAGGGAAUAAAAAGGAGCAGAGUUGUUGUUCCUGUGUGGAUAAUAAAAAUAGACCUCUACCAAUUCAGAUACUAGUAGAAACAAAUUGUUAUAACGUACACUAAAAUAAAUGCAAGAGAUUGAAAUGUUUUAGAUUUUAAGGCCAAGGUCAGCGUGGCACUAGUGAGGGUCACAGAUCGCAAACUUGAGAAACAGAUUUUGAUUCGGGUCGUUUAAUUACGUGGGUAAAAGAAUCUGAAGGAAGUGAUUUUCUGUUUAAUUAAUUACUCUAUUUAUUUCCGGAAGCGGAUCUUUUUGAAAACACUGUCAUAGAACGUUUAAAAAGGAAGUAAAAGAUGAUGAUCCACAUUACAGAAAUCAAAUGUUUAAGUAUAGUAAACUCCCGAUUAUCCGGGGGGUGGAUUAACCGAGGUCAGUCUGGUUUAAAAGAAAUUUUAAAACAAUAAUUUAAAAAAUGUGUUGUAAAAGUUAGAACGUUUUUAAAAUAAAUUAAUGAGCUCAACAAUAACAUGUUAUUUAACGUAUUAACAUAAAUCAGUUGUUGCUGAAACCUUAAGUUUAGGAAGAUAGAGCGUUUUUAAAAAUAGAUUUUUAUGUAAGUGUAUUACAUUUUGUAUAAAAUCCUUUCUGUUAUUGGUAAAUAUUUAAAAGUUAAGAGUGUAUAUCUGUAAAUAAACUUACGUAUUUGUUACAUUUGAGUGUUUGCUGAUUAUCUGGGAAAAUAUAUUUAAAAUCCAAAACGGAUAAUAAAAUAUCUACUGUAAUAAAAGUCUUAUUCUCAAUUAAAAUCCGAUUAUUCAUUU